ACAACCACAAGUGCAUCUGAUUCAAAUUCCACACAAUCCCACCCUUCUUCCAAAGCAACCAUCAUUGCAGCUUUAGUCCCCAAAGCUUUCGACUCUGACGGACUCAAAACUCCAUUCAUGGAUCUAAUGGCAGCCUUAAGGCACGUCCUUUGAUCUGUAUGAGCAACCCAGCUCUAAGCAUUAAUUCAUCCCGCCUCAUGCAGUGCUGCAUAUAUAUCAACUUUUAUAGCCCCUACUCGAUGCUUCUGUCAUUUAUCCAACCCCUUGUUAGUAGUUGUUACUCCUUGAACCUGCAUCUCAAUGUAUCCCAUGGACUAAACACUACAAAAAACACCCAAACAGAGACGGAAAAUUAGGGACGGAAAAAUCCGCCUCAAAAUACCAACCGAUUCAGUGAUGGAUUUAUCGACGGGCCAUCUCAAAACCGCUGGUCUACCGUCACAAAUAUGGGGUUUUUAUAACCGUCUCAAAUCCGUCCCUAAACCGUCUCUAUCCUAUCCGCCGGUUCUUUUCCAUCCCUAACCCGUCCAUUAUAUUGAAAACUUUUUAUCUUUUAUAUUUGUUAUAUCUGUUAUCUUUUAUACAUCAGUAUAGAGUGCGAGAUUAGACUAUCAAACUGGCAAUUUCUUCAAAAUAUUCCGAACAGAUAGAAGCUGGAUGUAUGAAAGACACGAGCCAUUCACUAAAAAAGUUUAUGAUGUAUUUAUUAGUGGUGUAAAGAGCUUUGUUGAAGUUGCUAGUGUUCAACAUGAGUUUAUGAGUGAAGAAGAAAUCUGUUGUCCAUGUCCCAAAUGCAAAAGUCGACGUUUCAAUGAUAUAGAAACUGUCAAAUUUCAUUUAUAUCAAUAUGGUUUUGUUGCAGAUUAUCAUAUUUGGAAUUGUCAUGGCGAAUUACUACAAUUCCAAGCACCACAAUUUGUGCAGUGGAACCGCAGAUUCCUAGUCAUGGAGAUGAAACUGAAGAUGUCCAUAUAUCUUCAGUUCCUUAAAGUCAUGAUGAAAUGCCAUGAGGUCAAAGAAUGCUAUGAGAUAUAUUUGGAGGAUACGUGCAGCCCCCAAACACCACAAACUCCACUGCAGAAAUAUCAGGUGUGAAUUAUAAUCAUGAAUCAGUAGAUGUAAAUGAGGUAUCAUAUUUGGGUAAUCAAUUUCAGAAUAUUCUACAAGCAUUAGAUAAACCUUUAUACGAAGGAUGCCCAGAAGGGUCACAGUUACAAUUUGUCACAGAGGUAAUGAGCAUAAAAUCCGAUUUUAAUGUACCUCAGGAAGAAAUAAAUCGAUGGUUGGAUUUAUUUGGACGCUACUUACCUCGUGACCACACAGUUCCGCGCAAUUUUUAUGAGACGAAUAAACUUGUUUCCAAAUUGGGUCUUCGCGUGAUAAAUAUCGAUGCUUGUCCUAAUGGUUGUAUGUUAUUUUGGAAGGGGGGUAAGGAAUUAAUACAAUGUUCAUUUUGUGGCGAGAAUAGUUAUAAAUUACUAGAGGACGAACAAUGUCAAACCAAAAAACGAAAGUGGACUGUUGUUUCUGUAUUAUGAUAUCUGCCAUUGACACCUAGACUGCAAAGGUUAUAUGAAUCACACCAAACUGCCAAAUCGAUGAAGUGCAUGCGACUCACGAGGCCACCGGGACAUUGAUGGGUCAUCCUUCCGAUAGUAAAGCUUGAAAGCACAUUGACACGACCUAUUUCAGCGGGUUUCAAACAAGCCCCUCGUGCCUGGUUUCAUAGUUUCAGCGGGUUUCUGCAUAGCCAUGGGUUCUCACAGAGUCGGUCUGAUUCCUCUAUGUUUAUUUAUCGACUUGGUUCUCAUCGCAUAUAUAUUCUUUUGUACGUUGAUGACAUUCUUAUUACAGGUAGUUCUCCUUCUCUUGUUACAUCUAUUAUUCUGUUACUCUCUUAGACUUUUGCCAUGAAAGAUCUGGGAGAUAUUCAUUUCUUUUUGGGGAUUCAAACUAUUCGUACGCCUACAAGUAUUUUUCAUUCACAACAGAAUUAUAUUUCUGACCUUUUGCGGUGUUUUCACCUUCAUACAGUUGCCCCAGUCCGUACACCUCUCCCCACUCAUUCUACUUUAUCUCUAACUGAUGGGGAAUUACUUGUUGAUGGUACUGAAUAUCGCAGUAUUGUUGGUGCCUUACAAUACUUGAUUAUUACUAAACCGGAUAUUACCUAUGUUGUACACUUGGUCUCUUAGUUUAUGCAUGCUCCUCGCACUACUCACCUCUUAGCUGUGAAGCGUAUUUACAGGUAUUUGCAGGGCACUAUUACUGAGGGCCUAUGGUUGCGUAAGGGUGGCGAUCCACAAAACGUGGAGGCCGCACGGAGGCUCCGAUAAGUUUGGGUUAUUUCUCCAAAUCCCUCCAAUAUGUAUGUCGAUUAGGAACACAUGGAAGACAAAAGAACUAGAAACAGAGUGCCUAAAAACCAUAAGAAACCGUAGAGGCAAAAGACGUAAGUCUCUCCCUCUGUCCCGUGAUUCCAUGGCAGCUUCGUCAUUCCGCAGGAGAGAAGUGGUUCAAAGAGGAGGUGAUUGAGAGAAAGAGAUCUAGUAGUUGAUUAGUUGUUCCUUCUUUUAAAGAGUCGCUUUGUGGAUUAUAGAGAGUCUCGAUCUUCCGCGUAGUGUUUCAAAAAGCUAUGUAAAUAUUAAUUUUUGGGUAAUAGGCCUUACAUAUCUAUUGAAAAUUGGGGCCCUUCUUUCAGGUGAGGCCAUGUUCACCCGCACCGGUUAUACCCCUCACGGCCGGCCC